AUUCGGCCGUAAAAAUCGCCGUGUGGUGGUAGUGCCUUAAGUUCAGACUUGAAAAGUGUUGUGUUAAAUGCACUGAAAAUUGUGCUAACAUCAACAUGGAUUGGUUUAAAGGAGCUGUUGACUAUGUCGACGACUGGUUCCUAAUGCGCACACCAUGGCCACUGUUCGCGCUAUGGCUCGCGUACAUUUCGUUCGUGCUCAAAGUGGGCCCUUCCUACAUGUCCACGCGGCCCCCCUACAAACUCACCAGCGCUCUAGCCUUGUACAAUCUGUUUCAAGUCGGACUGUCUUGCUACAUCGUUUACAUGGGUACAUACAUCAUGAGCAAAGAAGGUUUGGUGAGCUCGCAUUGCGCGAUUGAAGCGAAAGAUACUCAACCUUAUAUGGUUCGCGGAGUCUACAUAUACUUCUUAGCAAAGAUAUCCGAACUGCUAGACACUGUAUUCUUCGUUCUACGGAAGAAGAUGAACCAGGUCUCCUUCCUCCACGUAUACCACCACUCCCUUAUGGCAAUAUCCACCUGGUUCGCCUUGAAAUAUAACCCCACGGAUGUUCUGAUAUUCCUGGGAACUCUGAACUCUUUUGUGCACGUGGUCAUGUAUGGAUACUACGGGUUGUCUGCGUACCCUAGUAUGACGAAGUAUUUGUGGUGGAAGAAGUAUAUUACUUCGUUUCAGUUGAUACAAUUCGGAUGUAUUACAUUACAUGCGUUCACCAGUACCUUCGUCUCAAACUGCAAGACCUCCUUCGUUCUUCUAAUAACAAUAUUCUUCAACUUAGGUCUCAUGAUAUAUCUAUUCCGCGACUUUUAUAUUAAAUCUUAUGUUAAAAAUGAAGGGAAAAAAGGUCUAGAUAUUAGAAGACUUAGCCAUAGUUUUGUAAACUCUUUAGGAGAACCGAGUAGGUGUGAUGAGACAAAAUCUAUUUAAUUAAACUCCUAGACUUAGAUUAUUUUCUAUAAAUUUUAAUAGAAAUGCAUAAAAAAUAAUUGUAUCAAACUGUGUAUCAAGACAUCGUAUGCACUACCACCAAAACAGAAUCAAUAAAAAAAAACUUAUU